AUGAAAGACCUUAUACAAAUACCCAGGUCUGAAGAGGAAGACCCAGCUGAUGUUAUAUCCCGUGAACUGAAGCAGAUGGAACUGAGAGAUGCACAAGAGUCUGCAAACAGUGAGAGAGAAAGAAGCAAUGAAGGAAGAGGCAACAGCUCUACACAUCGAGAACACUCAGGAAAUGAACAGAAGGCCACCAUUCAGAAUCAAGUCCCCAGCCAUUCUGCGCUUGAUUUUGGGACAAAGCGCAUUCAGAUGUUAGAGUUACGGCGGUUAAGGAACGGUGAAGUCAGAGAGCCUUUUAAACCAUUUAGACGACUUGAACAUCCUCAGCCUCUUCCUGAUAUCCAAAAUAUAAUAGAUAAUCAUAGACCAAAGUCAGACCGCCAAGUCAAACUGAUAUCACUACAGGAGUCUAUAACCCUAGAACGUAGCUAUCUCUCCAAAAUGAAGGAAAGAGAGAUGAAAAAGACAGCGGAAGCACUUGCACAAAUGAAAAAUACAAAAUUGGAAAUUGGUUUACCUCCCAAAACAUCAUGUUUGAAGUACAGGGAUGUCAAUGUUGAUAAGCAUCUCUUGGACUCGGAUGAAGAGGACAAUUGCUACUUACCUGCUCACACAGAUGAUUAUGAUGAUGACGAAGAAGAAAUAUACGCUGAUUGAUUGUUACCACAUUUAAGAUUAAAAUGUAGUAUACCACAAGCAUACUGCAUGAUUAACCCUCUGGCUUUAUGUCCCAUCUCAACUUUGAACAACUGAGCUUAUUUUGUUAAUUUGAAUCCCCAUGCACACAAAAAAUGACCACAGAUCAUACAAAUGUAGAAAGCAUGUGUUACUGAUUACUGUCCUUAUAGAGGUUAUAGUUUAUGGUAAAAAGUACAGUGCAAAGAGAAGCAGGUACACAGUUCUAGCCAGGUUUUGUAGAAGUAGAAGUCAAACAUUUAUGUUUACACCUGGAUGCUAUGCACUAGAUGGGCAAGGCUAAGGGUGUCUCUGUGGAAAAUAUUAAUUUUGAAUAAUGUGUGAACAUAUUAUUAUAAAAAUUAUAAAAAAAGGAAAAUGCAAAAAGAUAUAUACUAUAUUACAGAUAUCUUUAUUUUUUUUAUCAUAUAUGCCACUUCCUGCACCUUUAGGCAUAAACAAAUGUUUUAUAUGUUUUCAGGUUGAAACAUAUUUGUAAAAUAUGAAAAUUUACUCAUGUUCAACCACAUUCUGGGAGUUAAAUGGUGUUCAGAUUUCGAUACAGUGAUGGAAAGUCUAUUUUUGUGGAUUUUUAUGAAAAUGCCUGUGUAAAUAUAUAAAUGAGUGAUAUAUUAUUUUUUCUUUAUCAGUAAAGUUGUUUUUUCUGUACUUUUGUAAGAUGAAGCAACUUUUGGUCAGAUAUAUAUUAUUGAGAAAGCUA